AUGGAUCUGACGGCGUUCUUCUUCUUUUUCCAACAUCUCUGGUCAAUUUCCAAUAUGGUGCUGAGCCGGUCCGCGUCUUCUUCUCAGACCUCCCGCUUUGAAGUUCAUUCGCUGCCAAAUAGUCCGUCACUGCCAACCAGUUGGGCCGGCCGGCUACCAGUAUUAGGAGCAGAUCCGGGCAAUGAGAUAUUCUUCUGGUUGUUUCAACCAGAAGAUCCAGCUCGGGAUGAAGAUCUCAUCAUCUGGUUCAACGGUGGACCCGGUUGCUCAUCCCUUGUAGGGCUAACAGGCGGCAACGGACCGUUCUCAUUUAUCAGUAACUCUACCCAGCUUGAACGCAAUCCCUAUUCCUGGACCCAGCUAGGUCAUGUCCUGUACGUGGACCAGCCGGUCGGCACGGGCUUCUCGACAGCCAGCAAUCCAUACCCUGUACGGAACAAUGAGCAGGUCACAGAAAGUUUUACGAAAUGGCUCGAUGGGUUCUGGACAUAUUUCCCGCAUCUCCGCUCAAAGAAAAUACAUUUGAUGGGCGAGUCUUACGCUGGAAUAUACAUACCCUACUUCGCCGCCGGAUUGCUACAUAACCCUUCUUCACCUUCGCUCAAUAUCCGCUCCAUGUCACUAGGGGACGGGUCCUGGGCCAAUGCGGCCGCAUUGUCCUCUGUCGCCAUGGGAUCCUAUAUGCAUGCCCAUGCAACCAUGCUCAAGGUGCCUCAAGAUAUCCUAUCCACCUUCGCCGAGGCAGACCGCAUAUGUAGCUUUGAUGACGUGCUGGAGCAAGCUCAAAUCUACCCCCCGAAAGGCAAGAUCCAUAUUCCCGGAGACCCGCAAUACUUCAACUACCGGCGUCUCCAAAGCCGUGACAUGACGAACGUUCUGGAUGCUGCGUGCGAUAUUCAGCCCACCACACCGGCGCAAGUACGCUCGUCCAUCUUUAACUCUACUUGCUACGGGCCCUGCGCAACCUACUCAACCGCCACAGACUACAUGGCCGCCAUCUCCGCCGCCGGCACCGGGCCACCCUGCUGGGACGUCUACGACAUCCACCACGACUGCAGCACCGUCAACGCCAUGGCCCUGAUUGCAAAGUACUUCAGCCGCUCAGAUGUCCAAGAAGCUUUGCAUGUUCGCGGCCGUGGCAACUACACAGCCUGUAACUCCACUAUCCUAGAAACCCUCCUUGCCGCGCCGUCCGUCGUCCCGCCAGCAUACACCCUGCUGCCGUCACUGGUCACGGACUACAACAUUUCGCUGCAUAUAUACAAUGGCGAAUGGGACAUGCUCCUCAACCAUAUCGGCACGGAACUGUCGAUCCAGAACAUGACAUGGCGCGGGGUCCAGGGCUUCUCACAGAAGCCACAACGCCUGUUCUAUGCGGACGAUCCCGCCCCCGUGUCGGAUUCUCAGCGGUCCACGUCAGCUAGGGCUAAUGUCGCAGAUCAUGUAGCCGGUUAUUGGGCCUCGGAGCGUGGUGUCUCAUAUCAUUUGUUUCGGGGUGCAGGGCAUAGUGUGUUUGGAAACAAACCACGCGAGAUGUUUGCGUAUGUUCGGGAUAUCGUGGUGGGUGCGAAGGCCGACUGA